UCAAUGUUAGCGCUUCCUUCAGUGCACGUUCAGAGAAGAGCGCGUGCGCAUCCUACCGCGCAUGCGCCGUACACUACCCCGCCCAGAGCCGUAAUGUAAUAUUGUACCGAAUUACCGGACUUACAACUCUGAACAUUAUUCGUAUCGUUCGCGCAUUUUUUCGUGGACUUUGAACAAUAUUUUUUUUUAUCGAGUGUGUGCUACACUAAACAAACUCACGCGCAGUGAUUAAUACAUAACGACAUUUCACCGGGCGAUCGAUCACACACAACCGAUAUUUCGUUGGCGACAUCGCCGACCGAUAAUAUAAUCGAACCGACGUCCCAACAUUUUUUUUUCUUUUCGUACACUAAUUUAUUUAUCCUCAUUAAGUGUGAUGGACGAGACCGGUCACAUUUUUAAAUAUAACUCAUUAAUGUUGUGACCGUGGGUGGAACUUAGUAAGACUGUGGUUUAAAGAUGGAGACUUUGGUGUUGAUUCCUCAAGAUUUGAGCCUGGCUUUGAGGCCUGGUGGUGCGAGAGGUCGUGAGGCUUCCGUCAGCGUGUGGACCUCGGCUGAGCUUCCUCGAGGGUCCUUACUGUACCCAUUCCAGGGCACAAUAAGGAUUGAUAAGCUUCAUGUUUACACAUACGUUCCGGAUCAUGAUAUACGGCACAGAUUCGGAUUAUUCGAUGAAGUGUGUACCUCUGGCGGAGUGCAAGUCCGUCACUGUAAUUGGGUUCGAUUUCUGCGUGUGUCAGAUAACUAUGGACCGCAAGUAAACCUAGUCUGCACAAAAGUCAAGGGUGAGCCGGUCUACGAAGCGGUGAAGCCCGUGUCUGCACAUACAGAGCUGGUGGUCUACUACCUUCCUGAGAGACCUGAGGAGAUGUUCUUCGUGAAGAUGAGGAACAACCUUUACAGACAAACUAUGGACUCGAUAUUGGAAGAUUCACCACUAGACCUGUCCACAUCACUCCUAUCAAGAGUCCUACUCCCAAUAUCCCCUCCAUCUGGUGCAGAAGAUGAACACAAAUCUGUAUCAGGAGACUCCCUCACGUCAUCAUCAGCAGGUUCAUCAAACGAACUCCUGGAUAUGACUCCGAAAAUCCAAAGAAGACCAGCUAAGUCUGAAAGAGCGUUACUACCUUGUGAAGUUUGUGGGAAAGCCUUUGAUAGACCUUCGCUGUUGAAACGUCAUAUGAGGACACAUACGGGUGAAAAGCCUCAUGUAUGUAUGGUAUGCAACAAAGGCUUCAGUACAUCGAGCAGUUUAAACACACACAGAAGAAUCCAUUCAGGGGAGAAACCUCAUCAAUGCCAGCACUGUGGGAAGAGGUUCACGGCUAGCUCCAACCUGUACUACCAUCGAAUGACACAUAUAAAGGAGAAACCACACAAAUGCAGUCUAUGCUCCAAGUCGUUCCCAACGCCUGGAGACCUCAAGUCUCACAUGUACGUGCACAGCGGCUCCUGGCCCUACAAGUGCCACAUAUGCUCCCGAGGGUUCUCCAAGCAUACUAACUUGAAGAACCAUCUCUUCUUGCAUACCGCUAAGCAUCAAAGAAACAGUGCAAGAGACGCCACCUGAAUGACAAAGACAUAAUUUCUUGCAUAUUUUACUUCUAUGCAGAUUUUUUCAUUUCAUUUUAAAUGAAGACUUAAAGCGUCUUACAAAAUAUAAAAGUGUGAUAUUAGAUUAAGUAAUUAGUUAUAAGUGUUAUCUAUUUAAGUUAUAUUUAUGAUUUACUUAUUUAGAAUUUAAAAUUAGGGAGAUAAAAACUGAAUUUUUGGGGGCUUUUUUAUUAAAUAGAUUUUUUUGUAAGUGUAAAUAUUUUUUUCGAUUAUAAUAUAAUGGUUUCAUGGACUUUUUGGGGGGUGUAAAGUUUUUUUGAAUUAAUUUUUUUAGUAAUUUGGUGUGAAAAUAAGCGAAAUUAAUAUCCUGAUAUUAUUACUUAUGGCCUUUAGUUUCAUAGAUAUAACGUAGCAUAAAUAUAUUAUUGUUAUUUAUUAUCAUAAAUAAUGAUUUACAAAAUUAUUCAUUAAGCAUUAAGAAAACAUUCGAAUAUAAAACUCGAAUGAAUUUAAAAAACGAUCUAUAUGAUAUUUAUCUGAGCGAUAUUUAUCAUAUAAAAAGCUGUUUUAUAAUAUUGUUAAUAUUAUUUACGUUUUCUCGAUUUACCGUAAAAUAGAAUGAAUGAAAUUCGAGGGGUGAAUAGACCUAGAUUCCGAGUGGAUAGGUUGCUUAUGGGCAGACGUGCUCCAUCGUAGGCCGCAUCAUCACUUACUAUCAGGUGAGAUAGUGGCCAAACGUCGACCCAUUAAAUGUAAAAAAAAUACAGAAUGAAUAAAAUGUUGGCAAAAUGUUCUAACAUCUAUUCACCCCACUCUUGUGUCUUUCACCCUUUGAAUUUUAUUCACCCCGUUUUACCGUAUUUCACAGAGUUUUGGCACAAUAUCGGAAUAACUACAUAGUGUUAUGUAGAAAUAAUUAUGUAAAUAAUAGUAUAUAAGGGCUUAGGUAUAAUAUACCUACAUUGAGUAUGUAUAUUGUGAUUUCAUCUCCGUCCGUUUCUCUGUAAAUAUAUUCUAAGGAUGCUAUCAUGCAACGAAUUAUUAAAUUAUGAAUAUUAUUUAUAUUUUUUGGAUAAGUAUUUGAAUAAAUAAAUUACUAUAAAUUAA